CCAUUGUGCAGCUACAUAAUAUACUGACAGCUAGGACAGGGAGCACGGGUUGUAAGUCAUAUCAUAUAACAACAGGGGGCAGAUAUUUUAUACCGGUACCAUGCAGAGUUCAAAGUCUGCGACAGAGUUGUCAUUAUUCGCGAAAUGAAACCCAACAAGCAUGAUGGAGAAUAUUUCUAAUGUAAUAUACGAUGUUUGUAUUGUUGGAGCCGGAUUGACUGGAUCAGCAGCGGCAAGGUGGACAUCGUCUCAGAAGGAUAUUAAAGUUUGUCUAGUCGGACCAAAUGAACCUCUAGAACACGAAUGGAGUGAUCCGUCCCGUACAAUAUUCGGAGCUCACUACGAUCAAGGCCGUAUAGUCUGCGAAGUCGCCACGACUACAGCACACCAAUCUUGGUUGGUCCUUGCUCAGCGAUCCAUACUCAGAUACAGGGAGCUGGAGAAAGAAUCGGGAAUUAAUAUCUUCAACGAAGUUGGCAAUGUGCUCAUCUCAGCUGAAAGUUUUAUCAAGGAACUCUUGCCGAAAUGUCCCAAGACGACAAAGUGUUUCGUAGGCGAGGAACUGUCAAGGGCAUUACCGUCCUUUAAACCCCUUGAUGAAGGCAUCGCUGCUAUCUACGACAGUUGUAACGCGGGUUACAUCAAUCCCCGGCCCUACAUUGCUGCCAACAAACUCUUGGCAUCGCAAAAUGGAUGCGAGAUGAUCGAAGAUGUGGUGUCUGAAGUCAGAGACAGUGACGAUACGGACAACGCCGACGAAGUUGAUGACGCAGAACGACUUAGUAGACGACAUCUGAUAGCAAGAACGAAAAGCGGACGCCUGAUUCGUGCUCGACGGGUUCUUCUAUGCCCUGGUGCGUUUGUCAACUUCGAACAUCUUCUUCCGAACGGAAUGGAGGUCGAUAUAUCGACGAACUCGGAGUCAGCAGUACUGGUAGAGGUCCAAGAUGAGGAUGUCGAGCGCCUAUCGUCACUGCCGUGUUGUGGUGUUGAAAUGAAAGACAGAAGAGAUGACAGGAACUCGUAUAUAUUGCCUGCCAUUAAAUAUCCAGACGGUAAAUACUACAUGAAGGUUGGCCAUGGCCUUGACCUUAAUCAUUCUCUCGUGACCAAUGAUGACGUCACUGCUUGGUAUAAAAAGAGAGGAGACAUUUCCAACUCUGUUCAAGAAAGUCUGGUGUCGAGGCUCUUUAAAUGUUUGAAAGACUUCCAGCCAAAGUCAAUAAAAACGAUGACUUGUGUCACCACCUCUACGCCAACGGAACGAUUCUACUGCGACAUGGUGACGUCGAAGCUCGGUGUGAUCGUCGGCGGCAACGGAAUGGGUGCGUUCGUCGCCGACGAGGUCGGAAGAAUGGGCGCACUGAUGAUCGCAAAGGGGUCUUGGAACCAUGACCUGCCAGCAGAGCUCUUUAAUCUGAGGUAUAAAGGUGAUCGAGAACGGGAAGAAACUGCAACCACAGCAUGAUAAAAUUAGGAAUCAUCAUAUCAGCAUUAAAAGGCACUUAUUCAUUUUCCAUGUAAAGAUAAUGUAUACAAUAUAUAUUGGGAGAACUGUCACACAUUGGAGAAGGCUCUAAAUGUUAUACUAGAGAUCCGGAUUUCGAUCCUUUCUAGGAGCUUACAUCAUUUACAAGGAGUUUUACCAUAAAUUCUGAAGUGCUUGGGAAAUGUCAAUAAAAAAUUUUGGGGCUUGGGGGUUCUUCCUCGGGAUAAAUAUAUCUUUUUGUUUUGUUCCGUUUCGUUAUUCACAUAAAAUGCCAAUUGUUAUCAUAUUUAUUUUCCACGCUGAAUAUUAAGAUUGUAACAAGUAUUACGAGCAAUGCAUGUAUGUUCCCCAAGGGCCCUGUGAUAUAGUACCGAGUUUUUGCUAUAUUUCAGUUUAUUGUAAUUUUGAAUUUGCACUCAGUUAACUUAGUUUCACUAUGAUUUUGGUUUUUGUUAUCCUUUGUUUAAAAAAUAAUUAAUAAGAUGAUGAUGUUUUCAUUUUUUAUGGGGCUCUAAGAAAGAGAAAAUAACAAGAAUUGUAUGUUUGAAUAAAAUUACUAAAGGUGGUUUCGUUUA